AUGCUCGUCGAUGGAGCUUCUUCUUCUCCUCCAACGUCUUCUUCGAUUCUAGUAUUGCCAACAAUUCUAUGUCACCUUUUUGAUGCAUGCUCUCGUGGAGCACCUCCAACAAUCCAACAACCAUCAAUGUCGAGUGCAGUGGCUCUUCUGGGUCAGGACGUCGAUUUUACGUGUAUCGUGAAUGAUCUUGGAAGUCAUAUGGUAGCAUUCGUCAAAGCCGACUCACCGCCACGAUUGCUCUCGUUCGAUGAGAAAGUUUUUCGGCGAAGGGACAAGUACGAAUUGAAGCCACGUCUUGGGGAUCUGCAUAACGAAUGGGUUCUGACGAUUAAAAAUGUUCAGGAAUCCGAUCGUGGAAACUAUUCAUGCCAAAUCAACACGGAACCGAUUAUUCUCUCAACUGGGGAGCUUGAUGUGAAAGUGCCACCAAUCGUCUCACGCAGUACACCGGCAGCAGUCGAAGUUCGUGAAGGGAACAACGUGAGUCUGACAUGCAAAGCAGACGGAAAUCCGACUCCAACAGUCAUCUGGAGACGUCAGGAUCGUCAAAUAAUCCGCUACAACGGUGCCACUGGAUUCGGAGCGAGCGUAUUCCAUGGACCAAUCCUACAUCUGACCAAAGUUUCGAGAAAACAUAUGAGUGAAUAUGUGUGUGUGGCAAGCAAUGGAAUACCUCCAGACGAAUCUUGGACUGUCAAACUUCUUGUUACUUUUGCUCCAUUGGUACAAGCCCAAUCUGUAACAGUUCAAGCAAGUGUUGGAUCAAUGGCAAGGAUGGUUUGUACCACAGAAGCGUGGCCGAGACCAGAAAUGGGAUGGGAAAAGGAUGGAGAACCGAUUUAUGAAAGCAACAAUGUCGCAAUGACACACACUGUCUCUGGUCAAUACCACAGUGUCCACAUUCUGGAAAUCAGAAACGUCCAGAAUUCGCAUUUCGGAGUUUAUCGAUGUGUUGCCAAAAACGAUAAUGGAAUCCAUCACUCACAAGUCACCCUAAAUCAAAUCUCCCACAAUCAUUUCUCUCACUCGAACCUCAUUCCAGAAGAUUCUCAAGAAGUUCCAUCGUCACCUUCACAAUUGGAGUUCUACUCGCAAGCACGACGACACGAAUCCCGAAAUGCUCCGACCACACAUUCAGAACUUCGUGCAAUUCAAAUGGAUUCUGCAAGUCUACCAUCCCUUCUUUUCAUCUCAAUAAUUACAAUCUUUUUCAACUUCUACGGGUUUUAA